AAAAGAAAGAAAAAUCAAAUUCGAAAUACACACAGAAACAGCAACCAUGCCCAAGAAACGUGUCCAAGCCUGCAUCUCCGUCGACGUCGACGCCGUAGCCGGCUGGCUCGGCUCCUAUGGCGGCCAAGAUUCCACCUCGGACAUAUCCCGGGGCCUCUUCGCCGGGACCAUCGGCGUGCGUCGCCUGCUCACCAUGUUCGACAAGUACAAGAUCAAGACGACGUUCUUCAUCCCGGGCCACAGUUUGGAGACGUUCCCCGAGGAGUGUCGAAUGGUGGCGGACGCGGGGCAUGAGAUUGGAUUGCAUGGGUACUCGCAUGAGAAUCCGGUGGCGAUGAAUUUGGAGCAGCAGACUGCUAUUAUGGAUAAGUGUUACAAGUUGAUCAAGGAGUUCCAGGGAGGGAAGCCGCCGAGAGGCAUGGUAGCACCUUGGUGGGAGUCUAGUCAAGAGGCUAGUAGUGCUAUCCACGCUGGUGCGGAACUUAUGCUCAAAUAUGGCCUCGAAUACGACCACUCCUUCUCGCACCACGAUUGCCAAUGCUAUUGGUUACGAACAGGCGACAAGUGGAUCCCAAUCGACUACGAGAAACACCCCGACCACUGGAUGAAGCCCCUCGAAGGCGGCACAAUGACCGGCCUCGUUGAAAUUCCCUCUUCCUGGUACCUCGACGACCUGCCACCGAUGAUGUUCAUCAAAAAAGCAUCCAACUCCCACGGCUGGGUCAACCCCCGCGACGUCGAAGACCUCUGGAUGGACCAAUUCACCUUUUUCUACCGCGAAUACGACGACUUCGUCUUCCCCGUCACCGUGCACCCGGAUGUGUGUGGGCAUCCGCAUGGACUGAUGAUGUUGGAACGAAUCAUCGAAAAGAUCAACACUUUCGAAGGCGUAGAAUGGGUAACGAUGGAGCAAAUCUGCGACGAUUUCAAGGCGAAGAGCAGUCCACCCAAGGGCGCGAUGAUGCCGGCGAAACCAGGGGCGAUUUUGGAGGAUAGGGAGUUGAAGUUGGAGGUGAAGGAGUGAAGGUAUUCCGGUAGAUAAGUAUGUCGUCCGACCGAACGAGGACUGCAACGCAGUUCGUGCC